AUGGAAGUGAAUGGGCUGAUGCUGGCAGCUGCACUGUUCUGCAUGGCAGUUGCAGCCCUGUCAGAGCUGGCCAUUCCUCACUUCACCACAGCCACAAUAUUCUCCGUCACAGAGUCAGGUUCCAGCGCAAAGUUCUACCAGAAUGUGAGAAUGUUGGCGGUGCUGUCGGUCAUGUAUGGGCUGUUUGCCGGACUCAGAGGCUUUCUGAUCAGCCUUUUGAACACAGAUCUCAUCCAAAAUCUCAGGUCGGAGCUCUUUGGCACGCUGAUUCGGCAGCCGGUAGAAUUCUUCGACUCUGCAGAGGUGGGAGUGCUGACGAGCCGCAUCGGCGCAGAUUGCCAAGCAGUCGUGCGGUGCCUGUCCACCAACCUCAAUGUGGCCCUGCGCAACGGCCUCCAAUGCAUCGGUGGCGCGGUGUACCUGUGGAUGCUGAGUAAGGAGCUGGCGCUGACGUGCUGUUCGGUGACGGUGCUGCUGUGGGCCGUGGCUCUGCGCUACGGCGGCUUCACCCGCAAAGCCCAGCGCGCCUACCAGGACGGCCUCGCAGAGACCAACCAGGUGGCGGAGGAGGUGCUUCUGCUGGCGCGGGCGGUGCGCACAUUCGGCACGGAGGAAAAGGAGACCGGGCGCUACCGGCGCUGCCUGGCGAUGUUGCGGCGCAUCUCCAUCCGCCAGGCCACCGCCUACCUCUUCUACCUCGUCACCAACGCCUCCCUCUUCAACCUCACCAAGGCGCGAUCUGCUGUGCUGUCGCUGAUGGUGGGUGGCAGCAUGGCGCUGGCCGGCCGCAUCAGCCCGGAGCAACUCACCACAUUCGUGCUUUACGUGGAGUUUGUCACUGCGGCCAGCCUGAGCGUGUGCGACCAGUGGGGGGGCAUAAUGGAGUCCAUCGGCGCCUCUGAGCGCGUCAUGGACUACCUGGACCGGGGGACCGCCCCCCAGCUGUCCUCCGGCCGCACCCUCCCCAGCUUCUCUGGGCGGGUGGAGGUGAAGGACCUGUGGUACGCGUAUGCGACGAGGCCCAAGUCGCCGGCGCUGCGCGGCGUGACUCUGGCGCUGAAGCCGGGCGAGCUGCUGGCGCUGGUGGGGCUCAGCGGCUCCGGCAAGUCCACACUUGUGUCCCUCCUCGAGCGCCACUACGACCCUACCAAGGGGCAGGUGCUGGCUGAUGGGGUGGACAUAAAGGAGCUGGAUGCCAACUGGUUCAGGUCUCAGCUGGGCGUGGUCUCGCAGCAGCCAGCCCUGUUUGCUGACACCGUGGCCGCCAAUAUCACCUAUGGCUUGGAAGGCAAAGUGACCCGGGUGACAGACAAUCUUCUGUCUGGGGGCCAGAAGCAGCGCAUUGCACUGGCACGAGCGCUCAUCAGGAAGCCCAAAGUCCUGAUCCUGGAUGAGGCUACAAGCGCGCUGGAUGCGGAGAGUGAGGCGGCGGUGCAGGAGGCUCUUGACAGGGCCAUGCGUACGGCCGGCCGCUCCGUGCUGGUCAUUGCACACAGGCUGUCGACGGUGCGUUCGGCGGACAACAUCGUGGUGAUGGAGCAGGGGCGGAUCGUGGAGGAGGGAACGCACGAGGAACUGGUGAUGGAGGGGGGGACCUAUGCUUCCCUCGUGGCGCGCCAGAGCGGCCAGCCCGCCAGCGCCAGCCUGCAGAGCAAAUCUGACGACAGCGUCUCGCGCGCCACAGAACAACAACGGCGGCAGCUGGAGAUGGAGAGAGAAAGGGAGAGGGAGGGUGUAGCAGCCAGCAGCAAUGGCAAGGCAGCCUCGAGGGAUACCUCAGAAGUGCCCGAGGGAGAGACGGCCAGCAAUGUGGUUGCACUGAGGCAUGGGUCCAGUGAUGACUCCCUGGAUGAAACGCAGCUGCUCGAAGAGUGCUACCCUGACACGCCAGAGCCAGCCAGGGGCAAGAACAAGCGCAGCAAGGAGGUCAGGCAACACCAAUCGCGACAGCGAAUUGCGCAUCCAGGCAAGUUCUCAAGCUACGAGAACGGCAACAUCGGCAAAGCACGGGCCACAGGGGACCGUUUGAGCAGCUUCAGAGUCGCAGUGAGCAGGCAUGCAUUCCCAGGGGCCAGCUGCAGGUGAUGGCUGCAGAGAAGCAGGGGUCACCCACAACCACCAAGAAGCGGACGACUGGGCCUCCCAUCCUGCCACCCAUAAACGAUAACCAAGGCGGCGGGGGCGGCGGGGGCGGCGACAAGUUUAUACGCAACGUGGCCCUGAACCUGGUGCUGCUGGGCCUCUACUUUGUGCUGGAGGGCUCCAACGGCGGCGGCGGCUUCUUCGGCGGCGGCGGCGGUGACGGCGGAGGCGGCGGCGGUGGCGGCGGUGGUGGGGGAGGCGGCGGCGGUGGCGGCAAUGGCGGGGAUCCCGGCAGGGGAGGACGGCCGGAGAUCACCAUGCGCAAUCUGGAUUCGGAUGAUGAGGAGGAGGAGCAGGCAAAGAGGAAGGAGAGGAGAAGGAGAAAAAAGAAGAGCACGCAGGCCCGGAAGGCCGCUGCCAUCUCCUGAAUGCAUGUUCCCUGCAUUUGUUAGGUCUUUUGAAUGAGUACUCACAGGACCUUAAAUUCGUGCUAUCGAACGAUGUUGCCUUCGCACUACACUGUGCGCAACCUGUAUCAACAGCUUCUGUCAGCGUGAAGGGGUCUGAUGCCAGUGUUUGCUUCCUCAAAUAUAGUGGACCCUUUGGUUCCAUAAGGAUUGUUGGAAUAUGCCACAAAAUCAGUUGGCAAAGGAUCGAGGCACAAUUCAGGUUCUGAUCUUAUUGUCUGGAAAUUUCAUUUAAAUGAAUGCUUGCCUGCUUUGAAGCUAUCUUGCAGCUUGACAAUCGCAGCUGGGGAAGGCUUCAAAUUGUGAAAAUCAUGAUUGAGCUUGAAAAGAUAUCGAAACAGAAUGUUACAGCAUGUGAAU